AUGCCUGACAAUUCGUGCAAGGAGUGGGAAGAUGUGGUGUUGGCGCCGGGCAUGCCAUGUGUGGUUAUGGCAGCUCCCGGCAUGCUGCAAAGUGGAACUAGUCGGGAGUUGUUCGAGCAGUGGGCACCAGAUCCUAAAAACGGGGUUAUUAUUACAGGAUAUAGUGUAUCGGGCACUCUGGCACAUGAUUUGCAGAAUGACCCCGAUACGUUGACUCUCACGGAUGGGAGGAAGCUGCCGGUACGCUGUUCGACGAAGACUAUCAGUUUCUCGGCACAUAGUGAUUAUGGACAGACGCGAGAUUUCAUUCAAGCUCUAAACGUUCCUCAUGUUUGCCUAGUGCAUGGAGAGCAGACGCUUAUGAGGCGUUUGCAGGACAAGUUGGGGCUGGAUUUUCCGGGGACAUCGUGUAAUACUCCGGCGAAUACGCAAUCGGUGGAGAUUCAAUUCAUGACUCGAAGAGCUUUUGCCUCGGCCGUGGGAAGGGUGGCAGAUGCUGAUGAGAAACCGCAGAGGUCAAACAAGCGAUCUCGGCAGCUGGGGUCGUCGACGGCGUUGCUGGUGGAAGACCCAGCGUCGGGAAAUGACAGUCAGUUGCUGUUAUCAGCUGAUACCGCAGCUGAGGAGAUUCCUGAUUUUACUAGUAUAAAAACGGCUAAGUUGCAGAUGAGCGUGAAGUUGACGGCGGUGUCGGGCUUCGACUUGCCUACGUUUGCUAAUGAGGCGGUUACUCAGCUUUUCGAAGAUGUUGAUGUGAUGUCGGCGAAGACGGCUCGAGAGGUUCAUGAAGGCGACUCUACGGGCAUUGUUGUAUCGGGGCUGGUAUAUGUCCAUCAGAAGAAGUCAGCUGGGGAGGGAAAUUUGUCGUCCUCGAUGAUAACAGUAAGAUGGGCUGCGUCCCCUAUGGCUGACUUGGUUGCCGACUCUCUACUGCUACUGUUGAUGGAUUCGGCAUGCACGCCUGUUGAGGGUUCGGAUCGCCGGGAGGCUGUAAGCAUUCAGGAGGAGUCUAGUGAGAAGGUUUUCAAAAAGAUGGUAGAAGUAGUGAAAACAAUACUACAUGAUAACGUGGGGCCUGUCGAGGAGGUUGAUAUCACUAGGGGUCUGCUGAGGGCGACCAUAGUAGGGUCUAAGCCAGAGCAAGCGAUAGAGGUUAAUACACUAGAAAGGGAAGUGCACCUGGUUGGGGCUCCGCCGCCUCCGCCCCCUGGGGACACCACGCCGAAGCUGAGCCCUUAUGAGGAGUUGGUCAAUAACGUUAGAGGGCAUCUACGACGAGCUAUGGUUAUAUUCGAACCUGUGGAGCCCAUACGCCCGCUGGAUCGUGCCGCAGACGUCUGGACGGCGUAUUGGCCGUAUAUAGUGUUGACUCUAGUGUUGGGGGUAUGCGGGUAUCUGGCUACUAUCAUUUUUGAGGAUUAUCGGAAGCAGUCAACGGCGACUUCUGAGUUUCUGCAAGCAACGGGGGGUACGGGAGAGUACGAGAUCGACUUGCCCGAGGAGGAGCUGAACGCGUAUCUUGACUUCAAGGAAAAGGUUUUGCAAGAAUACCUUGUUAAGGAAGGGAAAGGGAGGGUGAUCUCGGAUUUGGACGCCCCUGAGAUGAUGCGAAUCAUCCGACAUGAAAUUCCAGAGUCGGAUAGGGUCGAACAGUGUGCUUCGGGAGCAGUGUAUUGUCAGAUCAUCGACUCGGUCUUUCCGGGACGUGUACCGUUGAAGAAAGUGAACUGGAUGGCUAAGGUGGACUAUGAGUAUGUUCAUAAUUAUAAGAUAUUACAGAGAGCCUUUGAUCAAUGCAACAUAGCUAAGCAUAUUGAUGUUGAUAAGCUAUGCAAGGGUAAGUUCCAGGACAACCUAGAGUUCUUGCAGUGGAUGAAGGCAUUCUACGAUGGAGCUGUGUCGGCUGACAUCGCCAUGAGUUAUGAUCCCGUGGGGAGGCGACAGGGGUGUCAGUUGCCCCCUUGGGCAGCUAAUGCGGCCCCUCCUAGCCUCGUUAAUAAGGAAAACUAUGCUUGCAGAAAUGGAGGGGCUGCUCGUCCGGUUGGGAGGCCGGCAGGAGGGAUGAAGACUAAAGGUGCAUUUCCCUGCACUGGAGGCGUUAGACAAGUUCAAGUCGACCCGACGCGAUUCGUGACUAUCGAGGAGUAUGAGGAGUUGAAGGAGAGUGCACUGUGCUUGGAGAGGGAGAGGGACUUCUAUUUCGGCAAGCUGAGGCAAGUGGAAAUCCUCCUACAAGACGUUGAUGUGUCACAGAAGAGCACUGGAGAGUUGAAGGAGAUGGUCCAGAGCAUUCUGUUUGCAUCGGAGGAAGAGGGUGAGCUUAUUGGGGAGGAGUUGGGCAUGGACGAAGGAAUGCAUGGGGAGCAUGCUGAUGCUUUUGAGGAAGGCCCGAUGGAGGCAGUAAUGUGA